GAAAUUGAUCGUAACUCCUCGCUUGGACAGUACAUUUUGCUGCAGCGGAGCAACAUCCAAAAAAAACCCCAGAAGUCGACGGUGGAAAUUUGCCAUUAGACCUAAAAAAAAAAAAAAAAAGGAAGAUUUUUUUUUUCCUUCUGAAAUCCCAAAGACCAAUCUUUUGUAUUAUGGACCCCAACAAGUCUGCGAGCGCUCCUCCACAGGACUGGACCGAUGAGAAGUCCCUCUUGGGACAGUCAGCCCCUCCGGCCUACCAUGACAACCCUCAGCCCGGCAUGGGAUAUCCACAACAACCGAUGGGUGUUGCAUCUCCACCACCUUAUGCCGGAGCAGGAUACGGACCAUAUCCCAUGGGUCAGCAGUACCCAGGACAGCCAAACACCGUCACUAUCCAGCCCACAGUGUACGUGACUCGUUGUCCACUGGCUCAACCUGUCAAUGACUACUUGUGUUACUCCAUCUUCACUAUGCUGUGCUGCUGCCUGCCGCUUGGAAUUGCUGCCCUCAUCUACUCCAUCUCAGCUCGUGAAGCCAACCACGUCGGGGACCAGAUGACAGCAGAGCGGAGCAGCAGGAUGGCCAGGACACUGAACCACGUGGGCCUGGGACUCGGUAUCGGGGUCAUCAUCCUCUCCAUUGUCUACACAGUGGUUAUGGUGUCCGCCAUUUCCAACUAAAUCUGUUUCAGCAUCCUUCCUUUAUUUCUAGUCGCCAUACUCUUUCUACAUCAGGUAAUCAGACCACAUCAGGAAUAUUACUGACUAUUCGGGAGACACUUUGUAACCCUGUAGUCACCUGAUUGGCUAAAAGAUCUUAGAAAGUUUAUUGGUAUUAUUCAAAAAGUAGUUGGCCUACCACUUAAUAAAAAGCUCUUUACAUGUAAUCAGUUACCCUCCAGCACUGUAGAGAUUUACCACUUUCCAAAGUUCAUAUUUCUACAUUUUUUUUGUGUUUGCGAUUUGCUAUGUUAUCACACAUCUAAAAAAUUUUUAUGUAAAAUGUUUUUCAACUUUGAUGCCUUAAGAGUUCAGCAUGCAAUGUUGCUCCACCACACAUGCAGACUUCAAGUAUUAUCCAAAGAGAGUUUUACAUUUCAUGUUCAAUCAGCAAACUAGUUGUUGCUUUCUGCAGUUUAAAGAGCUUUAUCUAAUCAGAGAAAUGCUGCUGCCCUUUUGAUAGAGUUGUCGGCUGUAAAUAUGCACUAACGCCUAACUCUAACACUCUUAAAAGUUUGCUAACAUAGAAUUGCAUUUAAAAAACAAAACAAAAACAAAGUAAUGCUCCAAAUAUACUCACCAAAGGAUAAAUCUGGCUUUGUGAAGUUCAAGUGUGAGUCUGUCUGAUCUGAUCCACCACAGAGGAAAGGGCUUCCUGUUUAUUACAACUGAACAGGAAUGUGCAGCUUCUCACAAAGUCGGCAGAAACUUAGCAACAGUGGAGCCAAUAUGGCUGACACAGCCAGUUGCUCAAUCACUGGCUCUAGCUCUUUAAUUUGAAAGCUGUGGUGUGUUAUGUAUCACUGGCCUGACUGCUGUUUGUCAUGCGGUGUCUGUGUCUGUUCUUUUCUUAGUCAAAGCUGAAAAAGAAAUACUUUUCUGUAUACCAAAUUUCUUUAUAAAUAAAGUUCAAGUAUAUUGAGAGAAAAA